CAUGGAAAAUUUUGAGGAUAUUCAACUUCAAACGAUAGAUGAAAGUGAAAAUAUUAAAGAGUGGAGGCGAACCGCCCUCAAUGAUGUUGAAUUUUUGGAGAGGGACAAAUUCGAAGAAUUAGCCAAUAAUCUAAAGGCUAAUCCGACAGUUGUUGAUUCCGCAAUGGCAAUGGAAGAUGUCGAAACGGAAAGCGAAGUGGAAAAAAAUCUAAGGAAAAAGUUGACUGAAUACCGGAAGCAAUUUAUGAUGGAGAAGAAAUUCUUCGAUAUAUCUUUACAGGAGCGUCAACUGGCUUUUGUCCUCUCUUCGACGGAUAUCCAGCGGAUAUUGGGCAUAGCUACAGAGGAGCAGCAAAUAGCUAUCGAAAGAGCUCAAAAUGAGGAUAAUCACCGGAAAGACGCCAUAGUUCAACUACAAAAAAUUCAGGAGGAAAGAGCGGAAAUAGAGAGGAAACGAGAAAAGAAUAUAUUGGAUUAUUCCAUUGUGGAAUGUGAAGAAUGUAAAAAGUUAAAAGAUGAAAUAGAUUGCUUAAAUCGAACGUCGACGAAAAGUUCUGGUCACAUAAAGACUCUUUUACGUCUCUUGGAUCUAGAGAUGAAAGCGAGCCUCAACUUAAAAACUUAUACUAAGAAAUUAGAAAUGGUUCUUGGUAAGAAGGCGGAAGAUUAUAGACGGGUUGUUGAUAAUUUAAAGUUUGGGCUAAAAUGUCAAGAAAACGAGUUUAAGUUGUUUAAAGAGUCUUAUAAGGCCAAGAUAAAGCAACUUUUUGGCAUUUUGUCAAAACUUGAAGAUGAAAGAAAACAAACUAUAACCGAGUCCAUACGGAUAAGAAAGGAAAAUGAGUCAAUUAUAAAAAGACGAGAUCUUCAUUUAGCAGACUUGAAUACAGGUCUAUCGAAUUUUCCUAGUACUAUUCCAGAGUAUAGACUAUGCGUUGCAGGACUGCGCGACGAAGUGGUCAAAUCCAGGACGGCGAGAGAUCAUAUCGAGGAGCAGUUAACCUCUAAGCUGCUUGAGAUUAAGCAGCAAAUCCAUGAAGAGCAGUUGGAGAGGAGUAGAGUUGAGGAAGAUAUCAGAUUAGAGCUUUUGAAGACUCAAAAAGAAUUGGAAAAUACCUACGAGUCGAAAAAGCAAAUUGAAGGGGAACUACACCAGCUGAAACAUCGAAUUUUAGUUUUGCAAGAUGAUUUGAAUAAUAGCGAAUGUGUUCAAAGAGAUUUUGUGAAAUUAUCUCAGUCUUUGCAAAUACAACUAGAAAAGGAAAGAUCGAAGACGCCAGGCGAUGAAAAAUGGCAAAGGAUUAAAGAAGAAAAUGGAAGAUGCAACGAAUGCGGCGUCUCUUUUACCCCACCACCGAAAAAGGCUCUUUGCGAGCAUUGCCGUCUGCAUUUUUGUCCCGACUGCCUACCGCAUUCAAUAGUCGUUGGCCCAUUCCGCAGGGAGGAGGGAAUAUGCCGACCCUGUUUUUCGCUGUUACCUUCUACAUCCGUUAAAUCUAAUAAGCAUCGUUCUUCUAAUUUAAAAUAA